GAGACUACUUAGAGGGGACAAAGGAGUGGUCGAAAAAUCCGCUUUCACGUUGACCAGGUUUGGGCAUUAAAAUGGAUGAGUCUGAAGAUUCCAAGAAUUGUUCUAUCUUUGACAAGAAACGGUCGUGAAACAAAAAAUCAUGUCGGCAUCGUCAACACACCAGACACAAGCGAUGGCGGGCGAAGGGCAACGGUUUAGAAGGGCAGAUGAAAGCGGUGUUCGGGAAUUAGCCGCACCUCCUGCCCCUGCGUUGAAGCGAAGCAGGGCCGCAAUUUCGAAGAAACAUCUGAAAACCUUCAGACCACUCGUCAAUCCCCCGUCUACAUCAUCCAGAAUUGCAAGCGCCACCAUUUGCCGUAUGUUGUUAACACCACCUUUCGCAAUUAAACGACGGAAAAAGCUUCUUCUCACCCUCCCCCUCUGUGCGAGUUUGAUCCGGUCAGCCGGCCGGAUUCCGCACAAGGACUACGAAUACGGGCAGCAGCAACGGGCGGUGAAGACCACGGUCGUAGGGACGAGUGCUAGUUCUAGUGCUAGUGCUAUUUCCACUUCCGCUGGCGCAAAUCAAGGACACCAGCAACAAAACACUCCGCCGCAAUUUGUAACCGCCAAGGCCACGUCGGUCGUUCCUCCCCGCCCGCUGAAGAGGUCCAACCUCGACCGCAUCGCGAUCAAUCCGUCGGCUGGACUGAUGUCCAGCAGUAAUUAUCGGGCGUCCUCUCCGUCUGGGUCGCAGUUCACUCUGGAUGAGUUUGAAUUGGAAAACUGGGAAGACGAGUUGCGGGAAGAGGUUUCUUUCCUAGAAAAGCUGAAACUGAACAAAGCCGACGACAAAUGGAAGUGCACCAGUACCAACGACGCCUUCAUCAAGAGCAGCGAGAAGCGGAAUUUUGGCGGGAACUACGCCCACAAGGGGGAGGCGACGGAAACGAGUAAAAAGGGGAUUUUUCAAACCGCGGCCAGCUACGCGGGAAAAGUCGCGGGGGCGGCAGGGACGUUUCAGGUAUUUUUUACUUGAAUUUUGUAACAUGCGUGGUAUGCAUAGCUACACGGUGAACUUUUUUGUCAUGCGUGGUCUGGUAUUGGUAUUCCUGAUCCGACUGAGUAUCGGGUGCAGCUAGUAGUUUCUUUCACACAUUUUAGAAGGCGAUCUUCAGUUGUGAUGCUGAUGCCAAUUGAACAAUUAUCCGCAAAUUAGGUCGUCUUCGCUGCUAUCCGGCAAGCGGUCGGAUCGAUCUUGUCGCACGCGGCGGCGUAUGCAUUGCAAAUACGUCUGGAUCUGGAUUUGUGUUGCGGGAUCUGAAGGACAAGAAGAUCUGUAAUGCAUGAGUACUUACGUCGCCUGGGCAUUUUUUUUGUCAUUCUGGAAGCCAUUUUCGUUUGUCAUGCAUUCUACGAAUGAACCCGCAAUAAAAGCGUCGGAAAACUUAUGAUGCUGUUAUGUGGUACAAGCGGCUAGUACUCUGCGGUGCGAGGAUCAGCAACAGAAAUUUCCAGACCCCGAGAAAUUUGCUCUGCAUACGGCAGCGCAGGUCCCGGUACCGAUGAACUUGUGGAAGACGUUGUUUAUCUUCUACCGCGAAAUGGGCGAGGACGAUUGGAUAUGAAAUGCAAAUAUCGAUAUCCCAGGAUGUCUGGAAACUUGUGUUGCUGACACAUGUAUUGCAGACUGGCCGCUUGUACGACUUAACAGCAUGAGAAACUUUCCCGCGCAGCAUUUCUUGAGGAUUUCAUGCGUUUUUAGCAUGACAAACUACGUCUACGACUACCACAUCCAGCACGAGAAAUCAACAGUCAGUCGACCUUCAAUCGCAUUCCUGCAUUACAGAUUUCUGUUGUCCUUGAGGUUCCGCAUCACAAAUCCGGACAACAUUCAGGGACAUUUGCAAUGCAUACUGGAUGUACAUGCCGCGGAUUGGGUUUGCAUAUGGAUUGCAAAAGUGUCUGGGUCUGGAAGAUUGCAACUUGUAAUGCUAUCUUUGGAUUCCAAAAAAAUCUUUGUCUUGCAUGACCUGCAACAGGACUCCAGGUUGUGUUACGCGGAGAGGGCAUUUCUGAUGCGGAAUAGGCAUUAGGAAUCCCUCUACCGAAAAUCUGUGUUGCUAGAUUAUGCAUUAGAGGCAUCAAUCAACAUACAAAAUAUGCAUGACAAGUCUGCAUUCUCUCAGACCCAGACAUUUUUGCAUUUGAUAUUGCAGCGUUAGAUACGACGGUGAACCGGAUCAAUCGGUACUAUCACACGUCCGAGACGAUCUUCGGGUAGCAAGGAUAGAAGGGAAGAAAAGCAGCUUCCUGCUGUACAUGCUGCUGGGUUCUUUUGCUACUGCUUGGCGACGUGUACUAUCACAGACUGGCAGGAGAACCAUUCUAUCGUCGACCGCUCCUGUCGUUCGCACUGUAAACACAUCAUAUGAGAUGGAGAUCUGCUUCUAGUAGUCCAAGAAACAAUGUGAUGGGAACAGAAUUAUGAUCAGCGGGGAAGAUGAUGAGGAUGAGGAUGGCCACGUAAAGGGCCGGCCUGGGCAGAG